AUGGGAGCCUACACUAGAACAUUCUCAAUCAAUGCGAUAGUUGCGUUAUUUGUGAAAUUCCCCGUUGUCGCUUACCUCAUUGGGUUUAUGGAGGAUUUCAUCAUCAGCAUAGUCAAGACCGGUCCGAUUCCAAGACACGUUGCCAUGAUCAUGGAUGGGAAUAGGACGUUUGCAAAGAGACACCGUAUGCCCUUGAAAGAGGGCCACUUUGCUGGAGCCAAUGCAUUGGUCAAGGUGAGUGAGUUUCAUUUUUGAAUGCAGCUUGUAAAACUAUUGUACUAACGUGGGGUAGAUUCUUGAAGUUUGCUACAAAAUCGGGAUCGAGCAUGUAUCGAUUUAUGCCUUUUCUUUGGAAAACUUCAACAGACCCAAGGCCGAGGUCGAUACUUUGUUCGGGUUGUUGCGCGACAAGUUGAGAAUGAUUUCACAGUAUGACGACUCCUACGCGAGAUACAACAAGGUAUCGAUCCGGAUUGUCGGUAACAGGAAAUACAUCCCCGAGGAUAUUCUCAAGGAUUUGGAAUGGAUCGAAGAUGUCACGAAAACAAAGAAUGCUUCAAAGGUGUUGAACGUUUGCUUCCCCUAUACGGCACGAGACGAAAUCACCUUUGCGAUCAAGUCGAUUGUGGAGAAAAGAGUACAGGGCGAAAUUGAAAGCCGUGACAAGAUCGGUGCCAAGACGAUCGAGUCGAAUUUCUACUUUGGCGAAGAUGUUCCUCCCUUGGAUAUCUUGGUGAGAACCAGCGGCCAUACCAGAUUGAGCGAUUUCAUGCUCUGGCAAUGUUCAACAGACUGCACAAUCGAGUUCCCCGAGGCUCUAUGGCCAGAUUUUGGCUUUGUUAGCAUCAUGUCGAUCUUGAUGAAAUGGAGCUACUACAAAACCUUGCAAUUAGAAGAGCUCACUAUGAGAGGCAAAGAAUCUGAAGUGCAAGAGGCAGCAGUGCCUGUUUUGUUGAAAGCUUUACCUCAAGCUCCACCAGUUGCUACCGUUGCUAACAAGUAA